AUGAUUUCGCUCAAGAGGUGGGAGCUUGCUUUUUGUCUCAAACUUCACGGCAUAUCCUUCCAGACGUUUUUUAGGCGAGUGUCUCAUUCUGGGGGCUGCGUCAUCGCCGUGGAAGAUUCUGAAGGAGUUGUGUUUGGGGCUUUUACAGACGAGUUCCACAAGUCCCACAAGUACUACGGAUCAGCGGACACCUUCGUCUUCACCUUCAAGGGCCCCGACGGGAAGCAGCCCGCAGAGAACCCC